UCUAGGCUACAAACACAACACAUUAUAUAUAUUUAUAUAUGUAUACAUACAUAUUAAUAUAGAUAUAUAUAUAUAUCUAUACAUGUAUCUUUCGAUGCAUGUAUAGCACAAGCAAUGGGCAGCAAGAAAUGGAGUUUCCUCUCCGAAAUGGCAGCCAUCUGGCUGCUGUUGAUGAUCUACGUGCUGCUGCGGCAGGCGAACAAGGUGCUCGUCAAGAUCAUGAGGCGACGGGCGGCGGUGGCUAGCCGUCGGCAGCUGGCGAUGGCCUCAGCAAUGUACUACAGUGAAACAACGACAGCUACUGUGGCAACGGCAACAACUACAACAGCAACGGUGGCAACAACAACAGCCGACAAGUCAACAAAGCGCAGAAAGAGCAAAAGAAGUCGAGAUGCUGCCGCUGCCGCUGCUGCUGCGGCUUCAGCUGCUGCUGCUGCUGCUGCUCUGCAGUUGUGCCCUCCAAAUCAAAGUCAGCCCAAUCUUUUAGAGCCAGCUCCAAUGGGCAAUGCACAUGGCCAGAAUCGCGCAGCGGGCAGCGGCAGCUCGCCGCAGGCAACGGGCAGCUUGCUACGGCUGGCGGCGGGCGGACGCCACGGACCCGGCUGCAUGCCACCUUUGGCGGCGCUGGAGGACAGACGCAGCAGCAGCAACAGCAGCCAUCAGCAGGCGCGAGUUUUUAGCCGUUUUGUCAAGCAGAAACGGGAUGUAUUCCUGCAGGCCACUCCGCCGGUGUCGCCCGCAUCGCUGCCCGCCUCGCCGCUAGCGGACUGGACUCCGCCGGAUGUGGGCCACGGACAAUUGAAUGCCAGUGCCGAACAAAUGGAUUUUCAUCUCAACAAUAAGGAGUUAAUAGAGCUGAAGCGUCGCUGUCGUGCUGAUAAGAUCGCCGGCUUGAGCUUGAGUCGCAUCACAUACCUGAGCAUCGCCCAUGAAUCGGAGCCAGAUCCGGAGCAGGCGCUCGAAGCGGGGCUGUUGCAUACGGAGCUGUUGAUUACGCCGGAGAGUUCGCCGGAUGAGCGGAUGGCACUGCAGCUGGGCAAGAAGCUCGCCCAGGUGCUGGGCAGCAGCUCGGCCUCGCCCACGCCCACGCCCCCCGGCUCGAUCACGGAAGCCAAUAUGAUGCCCGUGGGCGUGGCAGCGGGAUCUGUUGCGAUUUCCACGCCCCGUGUCGAUUCGCCCCUGGGCAAUGGGGGCGAGCUGUUCAACAUAUCCAAGGCCAAGAAAGUGGAGCUGCAGAAUCUGUCGUCACGUUUCACAGCCGCCGUCAGCCCAGCCUCGACGCCCACAAAUCUAACGGAUGUGGGCGUGGCAGCGACAGCUGCAGCGACUACAUCGACUCCGACACCAACUCCAACUCCAACCUCGACCCCGACUCCGACUCCGACUCCGACUCUGAUUUCGACAGCGAGCACUCCGCUGGAAACGCAGUCAACUGUUAUAAUUUCGUUUAAAUCAUCUCAAACACCUGCCUCAGCUCAACGCUCAGCCUCGCCCACUGACAGCAGCGCUGCUGGGGAGGCGCUGCUGCAGGGGGACGAGGCUAAGCAGUUGGAUGCUGAUGCGGCCUCGCUGGUGCCGCCUCCGCCCGGCUAUGGCACGCCCACCAAUCCGCUGCUCUCGAGCAAUGUGCUCAAGAAGGUGGCCAGCUUCUCGGUCGAGAGAUCGACGUCGACGAGCAGUAGCUGCAAUAGCAGCAGCGCGCCUAUCGUUCAGUCGCCAGCGCUAGCGAUGGCAGCGCCAGCGCCAUCUGGCGACGAGAGGGAGACAACACUGACAGCAGUGCAGCUGGAGCAGAGCCUUGCUGCCGGCGCAGGGUCGCGGCGCGGCUCGUCUUUUGUGCCGGAAAAGUUAAGCUUCGCUGCAUAUGAAAAGUUCGAAGGUCAAAUGCUGAUCAAAUGGCUAAUAUCAACGCUGCAGAGCAGCGCCGCCUUGGGCACUUUAAGCCAGGAAUCUCUGAAUGCGAUGACGCUGCAGUUCUGUCAAAAUCUCAAAUAUGUGGGCGUAUUGAAGCAGAUCUCCAAUGAGCAGCAGCAGCAGCAGGAUGCGCCGUCCGGCUUCAGCCCCUACGAGAUGUACCAGUGGACGCAUACGGAGCAGCCCACCACCUCGCUGCCGCUCACACCUGGCAAGCUGGACAAGGUGACCGCCUGGCCCUUCUCGAGCACACCCGCCGUGCAGAAGGGGCACUACGAGGGCAGCUCGGCGCAAACGGACAGCCAGAAGACGCUGCAGCAGAUCCUGCGCAAGCGUCUGCUCAACUGCGCCACCCUGGCCGAGGUGCAUGCGGUGGUCAACGAGCUGCUGAGCAGCGUCGAUGAGCCGCCGCGGCGGCCCUCCAAGCGCUGCAUCAACCUGACCGAGCUGCUCAAUGCCAGCGAGGCGACCAUCUACGAGUACAACAGGCCCGCGGAGAGCAAGAGCUAUGCGGAUGCGGGCAGCCAGACGGAGGAACUCACCUGUCAGGGCUCGUGCAAGUGUGGGGGAAUCUCUGCAGGAGCAGCCACAGGUGCAACAGAAGCAACAGCAGCUGCACCACCACCACCGCCGCCUCCGCCACCACCUCCGCCUCCUCCUCUGCCUGGCAAUGCAGGUGGCGCUGCGCCACCGCCACCGCCGCCUCCACCGCCAGGCAGUGCUGGUCCGCCUCCACCACCACCACCAGGUGCACCUUGCCCCGGCAAUAUGCCGCCUCCUCCUCCACCCUUAAGCACGUCCAAGUCGGGCUCCUCGCUGGCGCCUGCACCACUGCCAGAUCCCGCCGAGGGAAAUUGGUUCCUACGCACAUGCGUUCAGCGCAAGAGCGCCGUCAAUCCGCCCAAGCCGAUGCGUCCGCUGUAUUGGACGCGAAUCGUUACCUCAGCUCCGCCCGUGCCGCGUCCUCCGUCGGUGGCCAAUUCGACGGAUAGUGCGGAUAACAGCACUAGUUCGCCGGAGGAUCUGCCAGUGCCAGCUGCUAUGCCGCCAGUUCCUCCACCCUGCAAGGAGAUAUGGACGGAGAUUGAUGAGACGCCGCUGGACAAUAUAGACGAGUUUACGGAGCUCUUCUCGCGGCAAGCCAUUGCGCCAGUCAGCAAGCCCAAGGAGCUGAAGCCGAAGCGUGAGAAGUCUAUCAAGGUGCUCGACCCGAAGCGCUCGCGCAAUGUGGGCAUCUUCUCGAGAAGCCUGCACGUGCCCGCCAGUGAGAUAGAGCACGCCAUUUACCAUGUGGACACGUCAGUGAUUAGCCUGGAGACGUUGCAGCAGAUCAGCUUCAUGCGCGCCACGGAUGAGGAGCUUCAGCGCAUCCGGGAGGCCGAUGGCGGCGAUAUACCACUCGAUCAUCCGGAGCAGUUCCUGCGCGACAUAUCGCUCAUAUCCAUGGCCAGCGAGCGCAUCUCGUGCAUUGUCUUUCAGGCGGAGUUUGAGGAGUCUGUCACGCUGCUCGUGCGCAAGCUGGAGACGGUGUCCCAGCUCUCCCAGCAGCUGAUCGAGAGCGAGGAUCUCAAGCUGGUCUUUUCCAUAAUUUUAACGCUGGGCAACUAUAUGAACGGGGGCAAUCGACAGCGCGGCCAGGCGGAUGGCUUCAAUCUGGACAUUCUGGGCAAGCUCAAGGAUGUCAAGUCCAAGGAAUCGCACACGACCCUCCUGCAUUUCAUUGUGCGCACCUACAUUGCUCAGCGACGCAAGGAGAUGACCCUGCACGAGAUAACUCUGCCCAUACCCGAGCCCUCGGAUGUGGAGCGAGCUGCCCAGCUGGACUUUGACGAGGUGCAGCAGCAAAUCAACGAUCUAAACAGAAAGCUAACGGCUUGUAAACAGACUACGGCCUUGGUGCUGAGCGCAUCCAGUGAACAUCGCGAGCCUUUCAAGUCCAAAAUGGAGGAGUUUACGGCCAGCGCCGAGAAGUCAGUUGCCAAGCUUCAUCAGCUGAUUCAGGAGUGCCGGGAACUCUUCCUGGAAACCAUGCGCUUCUACCACUUCUCUCCCAAGGGCUGCACCCUGACCUUGUCUCAAUGCACGCCCGACCAGUUCUUUGGUUAUUGGACGAAUUUCACCAAUGAUUUUAAGGAUAUAUGGAAAAAAGAAAUUACUAUUCUCAAAAACGAAAUUAUCAAAAAGCCGAAGCAAUUGGCGGUGGAAAAUCGCCGCGAUAGCUCCACUAGGGAUCGCACUUCGUGCAAAGCUCGCGUGAGACGCAGCAAAAACUAGUUGUUAGUCCAAAAUUAGCCGUACAUUUCGUUUAAGCUUAACAAUAAACAAAUCAGAAAACUCCUCGCACCAUUCAAAACUAA